GUGAACCAUUAUUAGUUAGGGAAUUUAACAAAUUGGCAUAUAAAUUCCGAGCUGCCAGCCAUAAAUUUUCUGAAUCGAAUCCUCUUCUGUUUCGUGUUUCUUCAAUUUGCAUUGUUCUGUUGUGUUGAUGGACCUGCAGGGGAAUGAUCUACAUACACAAACAACACAAUUUUCCUUCAAUGACAGUGAUGCUGAUGAUGAUGGCGGUGGUACAAACAGUUGCAGCUGCAGCAGAGAAGAGGUUAAUGAUAUUGGUGGCGCUUCUUCUCAGCAAUGGCCACAGAGUUUCAGAGAAGCAACAGAUUCUUAUUCAAUCUCAAUGUCACCAAAGUUCGGAUUUCAUGAAAGUGCGCAAAUCUUUUUAUAUUCACGCAUUCAGGGCCGUCAUGACAGUAGUUUAGAGCAGGAGAUCAAGUCUCCAUUGCUGUCUCAUAGUGAAAAUAAUUAUCACAAGGAAGACUUUAAUACAGAAGCUCAGUUGCCAUUUGCUAGUGGCGAAUCACCCGUUACUCAUGGAUGUAGCGUCACUCAGACUGUCUUCAAUUUGGUUAAUGUAAUGGUUGGAGUUGGGCUUCUAUCUACACCAUCUACAAUGAAAGAAGCAGGGUGGGCAAAUUUGAUAGUACUUGCUAUUUUUGUAUUGGCAUUCUGUUAUACAGCCAAUCUUAUGAGACAUUGCUUUGAGAGCAAAAAGGGUAUUAUAACCUACCCGGAUAUAGGAGAAGCUGCUUUCGGCAAAUAUGGACGGAUUGCUGUGUCUAUAAUUCUUUACAUAGAGCUAUAUACAUAUUGUGUGGAAUUUAUUACCCUGGAGGGUGAUAAUCUUAGCAGGCUAUUUCCUGGAACAUCAUUGGAUUUGGCUGCUUUUCGUCUUGACUCCAUGCACUUGUUUGGAAUUCUGACUGCUUUUGUUGUUCUGCCAACGGUUUGGCUAAAGGAUAUCCAGGUCAUCUCGUACCUCUCAGCUGGUGGAGUUUUAGCAACUAUGGUGAUUAUUCUUUCUGUGCUUUUCCUUGGAACUGCAGGCGGAGUCGGGUUUCAUCACACUAGUCCAUUGGUGAAGUGGAAUGGCAUUCCGUUUGCAAUUGGUGUGUACGGGUUCUGUUGUGGUGGGCACGCAGUUCUUCCGAAUAUCUAUCAAUCAAUGGCCGAUAAAAGAAAAUUUACCAAGGCAGUAAUAAUUUGCUUUAUCUUGUGCUUUCUGCUCUACGGAGGCGUUUCUGUGAUGGGAUUUCUCAUGUUUGGUGAAAAUACACUGUCUCAGAUAACAUUGAAUAUGCCACCUCAUUCCGUCACUUCAAAAGUUGCCUUGUGGACUACAGUGAUCAACCCUCUCACCAAAUAUGCACUGUUGAUGAACCCUUUGGCUAGGAGCAUAGAGGAGCUACUGCCUGUUGGAAUAUCAAGUAGUUUGUGGUGCUUCAUUCUUCUAAGAACAUCCCUCGUCUUCUCUACUGUUAUCGUGGCUUUUCUUCUCCCCUUUUUCGGUCUCGUGAUGGCUUUAAUUGGUUCCGUCCUCUGUUUACUUUUGGCUGCAAUUCUGCCGCCGUUAUGCUUUCUACGGAUAAAGGGGAAAAGUGCUACAAGAUCACAGAUCGUCGGGAGCAGGACGAUUGCUACAUUGGGCAUCAUUUGUGCAAUCCUUGGAGCAUACUCAUCCUUGUCAGAAAUUGUUAAGCAGUAUUGAAACUGAAAUUUCAUUGUUUAUUCAGAUCCAUAAGUUGAUUUAAGGUAACCUUUGUUGCAUAUUUAUUAUUGGCAAAACAUUUUUAAUUGACCACCACCUGUUUGAUAAAAUGCCAACACCAAAUGAAAAUGGGCGAAUUACUCUC